AUGGACCUAAACAAUAGAAUAAUGGUGGAUGAUAAGGUUUUCAAAUGCCCACCUCAAAGAAAAUAUAGAGAGAUAAGAAAUACAUUGAAACCUAACCCACCUGAAUAUGCACUUUAUGGGAUAUACCCCUAUGAACAAUUGGAGUUCACACUCAUGGGUAUAAGAAAACUAAAGGAAAACAUUGGGAAUAUAAUUGGAAAGGUCCCAAAACACAAUGCUGAUGCGGUGACAAACUAUACUUACCAGAAGAUAAUUGUGCCAAGUGCAAGAGCAACACCUAACACUGAAGAUGAAGAAGAAACCAUGAAUAAAGGACCAUUUGAAAAAGGUGAAGACAAUUUCACAAACCACCCUUGGUGGUUAGAACCAUUGAAAACUCCAUCAAAGAGACAUUAUGAGGAGUUUAAUAACUUAAAAGAUACUUAUCUUUGUAAUUCGGUUUGGUGGGAA